GCAUCGUCCACGGUCUUGUGCAGAAAUUUCUCCUCGUUUGGAAACUACUGGUAUUCAUCCGUUUAAUUGUAGCCCCAGACCCAGAGUAACACACCAUGGCCAUCUAGGAGCUCAGGAGGUAGCAUACGUCCACACCCACCCGUUCACCGGCAACGAUGAAGCUGGGCUAUUCUCGGUUUCUUCUCUCUGGCUAUAUUUUCUUCAGCCUUUCAGGGGUUUGGGUGCUGGCCAUGGCCGACGUACCCGCGGGCCAGCGUCACGGUUGCCCGGCGAAGUGCGGCGACGUCGACAUCCCGUUCCCGUUCGGCGUCGGCGAGCAGUGCGCGUUGCCCGGCUUUAAGCUCAACUGUACGACUGUGGAAGGCGUGACGAAGCCUUUAGCGGGGAAUAUCGAGGUGACUAACAUCUCCUUGGCUGACGGCACGGCCACGAUGAAUACCCCGGCGAUCUCGUCGCAGUGCUAUGACCCAGACAAUGGCACGAAGUACCGAAAUGGAUGGUUGAACCUCACCAACACACCUUACUGGAUAUCGGAGGUGGAUAAUACAGUUAUCGUCAUCGGUUGCAAUACUCUCGCUUAUAUGAUGAGCUCUACUUAUGUAAUAGGUUGCGUCUCAAAGUGCGAGUCGGGCGUCCCCCUGAAGAACGACGAAUGUUCUGGUGCCGGCUGCUGCCAGGCCAAUGUCCCGAAAGACAUACAGUACUAUAAUGGCUAUUUCAACGAAAACUACAACACCACAGAAAUUUGGCGAGAGGGCAGCCCCUGCAGCUACAUAGCAGUGAUGGAAAAAGCAGCUUUCAACUUCAAAACUAGCUAUGUCAAUUCCACAGUGUUUUAUGAUACAUACAAGGACCGCAAAGUUCCUAUUGUCCUGAACUGGCAAAUAGUAGGAUCGUAUUGCGAGGACGCUAAGAAGAACACGAGUUCCUACGCGUGUGUUAGCAGCCAGAGUGCGUGUGUUAAUUCCACCACCCACAAGCCAGGUUAUCGCUGCAAUUGCUCUGAGGGGUACCAAGGCAACCCUUACCUCGCCAAUGGAUGCCAAGAUAUCGAUGAGUGCCAGCGCCCUGCCAAUCCUUGCGGCGAUGGUAUAUGCAAGAACACGCCGGGAAACUACAGCUGUUCAUGCCACCCAGGGAAUUAUAUGACGAAUAAUGGCGUUUGUGUGCCAAUUCAGAAAAAGCCUUCCCGUUUUCAGGCGACGCCUGUUAUAGGUGCAAGUGUGGGACUUGUUGUCCUUGUGAUUGUUGUAGCCUGUGCAUGCUUGAUCCAAGAGAGAAGAAAGCUACGGAAUAUGAAACUGGCCUACUUUCGGCGGCACGGUGGUACGAUAUUAUUUGAAGAGAUGAAGUCACAGCAAUGCAAUGCAUUCAAAAUCUUCUCAGAAGAAGAAUUGCAGCAAGCCACUAACAGGUUCAGUGAAGAGCAAGUCAUUGGUCGGGGAGGCCAUGGAACCGUAUACAGGGGGCUUCUCAAGAGUAAUGUUGAAGUAGCAGUCAAGAGAUGCAUGACGAUCGACGAGCAACACAAGAAAGAAUUCGGCAAAGAAAUGCUGAUACUAGCCCAGAUCAACCACAGAAAUGUCGUGAAGCUCCUCGGGUGUUGCCUGGAGGUGGAAGUCCCCAUGCUCGUGUACGAGUUCGUCCCAAACGGCACGCUCUUUGACCUCAUCCACGGCAACCAUGGCUGGCGCAUCUCCUUGGCCACUCGCUUGGGCAUCGCCCACGACUCCGCUGAGGCACUCUCCUACCUGCAUUCGGGGGCUUCGACUCCAAUCCUCCAUGGUGAUGUUAAAUCUUCCAACAUUCUUCUCGACGACAACCACAAAGCUAAAGUCUCCGACUUUGGCGCCUCCAUCCUUGCACCAACCGAUGAGUCCCAGUUUGUCACACUUGUGCAAGGAACUUGUGGGUACCUCGACCCGGAAUACAUGCAAACAUGUCAGUUGACAGACAAGAGUGACGUGUACAGCUUUGGCGUUGUUCUUCUGGAGCUGCUCACAUGCAAGAAGCCAUUUAAUCUCGAUGCCAUUGGGCAGGACAAAAGCCUAUCAAUGAUGUUUAUGUCUGCGAUGAAGGAGAAUAGGCUUGAGGUUAUCUUGGAUGAUGGGAUCAAGGACGAGGACAACAUGGAGAUUCUUGAAGAAAUAGCGGAGCUGGCAAAGCAUUGUUUGGAGAUGUCUGGUGAGAACAGGCCCUCAAUGAAGGAAGUUGCAGAGAAGCUCGAUAGGCUGAGGAAGGUUAUGCAUCAUCCAUGGGUGCAACGGAACCCUGAAGAGAUGGAAAGCUUACUUGGGGAACCCUCGGCAAUGGUCCACUCGACGAUUGUCAGUGAUCAAUAUUUCAGCAUCGAGAAGAAAGCUGUGACAAAUCUGCAAUCAGGGCGUUGAGUAAUCGCACCUAAUUAUUUUGUCUCAAAACAAUCAAUCAAUUUGUAUAUGUUUGUUAUCUAUUUCUCAUUAACUAUUUCAACUGUAA